CUCAUAACUGUCACUGAAACUCUGUUACCCUACCCUACAAAACCCUCAGAGAGCAACGGCCACUCCCACCACCCACCACAGCGUCCAACACCAUGACGGGAAGCCACUCACGGUCACGCGCCGCCAGUCGGAGCAAGCGCAAAAACCGUUAUCCCGACGAACAACAAUCGGAAUCUCAAUCCCACAGCACUAACAGCCACCGCACGAAGCGGCGCAGAGUAGCCUCCUCCUCGUUUGAACCAGAAACCCCAACCCUAAUACCCGACCCGCCUCGCACUUUACCAGUCCAUAACCGGUUCCAACACUUGCAUUCUUCAUCAGGAUCACGUCGGAAACAAAGAGAUCAAAAAUCGAACGCUACAGAGGUUACUACAAAUCGCAAUUGGGUUUUCUCUUCCCACGAUUUGCCCAACUACAAAGAUACAGUUGUAGUUGUUUCAUAUAAUAUACUAGGUGUUGAAAAUGCAUCAAACCAUCCGUAUUUAUAUUAUAAAGUCCCUCCCAAGUUCUUAGAUUGGGACCGGAGGAAAAUCCUCAUACAUGAGGAGAUCAAUCGUUACAAUGCAAGCAUUUUGUGUUUUCAGGAGGUUGAUCGUUUUGAUGAUUUAGAAGAUCUUUUAAAAAAAGAUGGCUUUGUAGGUAUUCACAAGGCUCGAACCGGUGAAGCAUGUGAUGGGUGUGCUAUAUUCUGGAAAGAAAAACUAUUUGCCGUUUUGCAUCAAGAAAAUAUAGAGUUCAGACGUGUUGGCCUCUGUGACAAUGUUGCUCAACUUUGUGUUUUAGAGAUGAUCCAAAACCAAUCAGAGUCCAAAUCAUCUACCCAAACAUCCAUGUCUUCAUCUACCCAAAGUCGAAGAUUACUGGUUGGAAAUAUACAUGUACUCUUCAACCCAAAUCGUGGAGACAUCAAGCUAGGCCAGGUCCGACUGCUUCUUGAAAAAGCUUACGCACUAUCACAAGAAUGGGGUAAAAUCCCAGUUAUAAUUGGUGGGGAUCUAAAUAGCAAACCUCAGAGUGCAAUGUAUCAGUUUCUGGCUUCAUCGAAGUUAGACAUCCAACAACUUGACCGUAGAGAAAUUUCUGGGCAGCUUGAAUGUCCAUCUCAAUGCAGAGGCUACAGGCCUUAUUAUGAGAAUGCAACUAGAUCAAAUGUUUGGAUGUCUAUCCCAAGGCCAUUAUUGUAUACAUGGAGUGAUGAAGAAUUGAGGCUUGCAACGGGAAGUGGAGGAGUUACCCAUGUUCAGCACCAAUUAAAACUUCUUAGCGCAUAUCUUGGGGUUCCUGGAAGCAGUAGAACAAGAGACAUUCAUGGGGAACCCUUGGCAACAUCAUACCACUCUAAGUUUAUGGGAACAGUUGAUUAUAUUUGGCAUACAGAAGAACUUGUUCCUGUGAGAGUUCUUGAGACCUUACCCAUUGAUACUUUAAGAAGAAGUGGAGGACUCCCAAGUGAGGCCUUCUUGUCCCCUUUAAAUGAAGAUGAAGUGUAACCAAAAGAAGUUUUCCAUUGGAAGGGUGAAAGACGGAUAUCAUAAAUGAUUCCAGUAGCUGUGUCUGUGUUCUGGACUAAAGAAGUUGCAAUUUUGGUGUCUGUGUUCUGGACUAAAGAUGUUAAAAACCCAUGUCUCAGUUCAUUACUAAAAAUAAAAUAAAAUGUGUUUCAUGUUUGACUCCAUGCAACAGAGUUGUAAAAGAGACUUUAAAAAAGAGUGACUGACAACAGUCACUAGAAUCUGUGGUUAAUUUUGGGCAUUUUUCCUUCUGAUUCUUGAAUUAGUUUCAGUGAGAAGGUCAAGGUUGUCUUAUUUGGAGAUGUGAUGAGAGAAAUUUAUGUAUGCAAGAUUUUGCAAGCCCUAGCUCAAAUGGCACUUCCCUUGUAAAUAUGGUGUGGAGAGUGAGAUCAUGGAUUUAAGAUUCAUCCAUUGGAUGUGUAAUGUACUAAUCAGGGGAAAAAAGGGAAAAUGACUUUCUUUUAUGAGUGGGAGGAAAAAUAGUUCAAGGCACAAUGGUGUAGAGUGUAAAAUUGGCUGCCAGUAGAGCUGAAUGGCCUGAGACACUCAUCUCGCUAGCUUCAUGUAAUUGGAGACUAGGCCUUUGGUUGAGUUUUAGCCUUUGCUUUUGUAUAUUUUUUCAUUUUUUCCAUUGUAUGAAACUUCUUUUCCAAAAAUAUAAAAUGGAAAUAUUUUGAAUUGCUGAAUAAUACAUAAAUUGCAUGUUAUAGCCUUCACAGAGGGGUAUAUAAUGCUAUGUAGUCUUUGUGUUGCUCUUUGUCGUAGCUCAAAAUUAACUGUGGCAACUUCUUGUUUUUAUCCACUUUUUCACCCCCACCACCAUCCCUACUGGUCCCCUCCUCUUUAUCAAAAAAAGAUUGUGCUAAUAGUCGGAUGGUGUGGUGAAUAAUUCAGUAACCGUCAAUUAAGACCUUUAAAUUUCUCUGAGAAAUCAACUCAUGGCAAUGGCAAGGUUAAUGGACUUGCACAUAGAGAUGACAUUCUGGCCCAUCGUGUU